CAUACUUGAUUGCUUGGCAUCUGCUGCUUAGCAUGCGCAUGCGCUACUGUUUUCUUCCCCAGUUGUAUUUUGGCCAUUAGCACGUACGGAGUUGCGCCCGCGCUUUGAGACUAGUGUGAAACACAUAUGAGUAAACUCAACCUUACUUUAUAUAAACUUUUCUUAAAGUUGGUGCCUAACAAACUUUCCUCGGAUUUCGCGCGAAAGUUGGGUUUUUAAAGAAGUUUGUUUCUUUGUGCUGACGAAACAAAGUACUUAUCAACAAAAUAAAGAAGAAGCACUGUGAACAAAAGCAUAUAUAUUUUUUAAAAGCAACAAAAACAAAAAAGCGUGUAAAAUCAACGACCAUAAAGCGGGUCAACAGCAACCUUAGCUUCAAUUUUCGUUCUGAUUGUCGUGCAAAGAUGCCAGAAGCCAGCUCACAUUCACGUCUGUUCUUCUAUUUGCUGUGCGCUGCCUCACUCCUAGCCGUUUCCAAGUCGGAUGCCGUACCAUUGCAACCACCAACUGAAGAUUUGGCCUACGACGCAGCUAUACAGCUAGGCUUACUAAACCAUCGUCUUAAUUUACUAAGCCACGAAGAAGAAUCCAGGCAAUUAAGUUUACCAAACAUAACCCUGGGGAACAUCGUGAACCGCAUACCCUGUAGUUGUGACAAUGGCCUGUGCAAGUGCUGUGCUGGUUUCCUUUCAGUUAUUGGCAUGAACAGUUGCACAGAAGUGGCAUAUCGACCUGAAGAAUUUUCGUUCGAGUUGCGAAUGCGCGUUAACAACAAUAUUUGGUUCCGACAAAAGGUCUCGGGACAGAAUCCCCCUCCAUUCUGCUUCCGGCCGCCACGUUUUAAUUUUGCUAAAGCCUGUAUUCAAUUUCAUGAUAUUUGGUUUGUCGGUCGUAAUAUGCAUGUUUGCAUGUAUAUGUCAGGGGAGUUUCAGGGCUUUGAGUUGUUUGAAAGAAACUUUGACUGUCUCUUGUUUGGAGAUCACGGAGUUAAAAUUGUUCCUCCAGAGCAGGGUUAUCCUGUGAGGCCUAACGAUGUCGAUAUUGAUGAUGGAGACGAUGAUAUUGAGGACUACGAUGAGAACGUAGUUCGCAGUUUGGCAGAAACGAUGGUCAAAUAAAUAUAAAUGAUGCCUAGAUUUACUUAUUAAUUUUAAAUAUUAUUUAUUUCAAAAGGAAUCACUAAAUCAUUUUAUAAAGUAAAACCCUUUUUAUACAUAAAUCAGAUGUGCAACAUUUUUUGAAUAAAGUCCCACCUGUAGGAAUGAUACCUUUCGUGGCUGAAGUGCGAAAACUGCAAAA